AUGUACCAUGCCGCCGGCGAAGUCCCACGAUUAGUAUGCUGCCAAGGCGACAUCGAUGACGCGGAUGGUGCUAUGCCUGUAUAUCGACACCCUUCAGACCAGUCGCUUCCUCUGCUUCGUUGGACUCCAGUCGUCACCAAGAUCAAAGAGAUGGCUGAAGAAAGAGUUGGACACAAGUUGAAUCAUGCUUUGAUACAGCUGUAUCGCAGCGGGCAGGAUCAUAUCUCCGAACACUCGGACAAGACACUAGACAUCGUGCAUGGUAGCAAGAUCGUCAAUGUCUCGCUCGGUGCCCAGCGUACCAUGAGGCUUCGUACUAAACGUCCCACAACCUUGCAGGAUUCAGCAACAAGCCACAACACACAGAGAUCCCGCGACACAACGCCCACAGCCGAUGCGCAGCCAAACCCCGAAGAUGGUCGAUCUCGCGUGACACAGCGAAUUCCCAUGCCACACAACAGUAUGUUCGUCAUGGGUCUGGACACGAACGCGUCUUGGCUUCAUGGUAUCAUGCCUGACAAGCGUCCAGCUGCAGAACACAUCCCUGCCGAGUCCGCCUAUGGCAACAUGCGCAUCUCCAUAACUUUCCGCCUCAUUGGCACCUUUCUGUCAGCCGACUCAAAGCUCAUCUGGGGGCAAGGCGCUGUUGCGAAGCAAAAGUCGGAUGCUAGACCAACCGUCAAUGGCGACCCUGAAGAGAGCCAAAGACUCAUCGAUGCGUUCGGGGUUGAGAACCAAGUCACUGCACCUGAGUGGAACAGCAUCUACGGGACAGGCUUCGAUACCUUACACCUCAAGUCUGAGCUGCCCGAACACGAAAGGCCUAUGCUGUUCCUAUCUGGCGACGGGGACAUGGAUACUGAUGUUACCGCAUACAUAUCUCAACUUGGCGUCAACGUUGAGACUGUCAACCCACCAGUCGAACGAUUGACCAGCGAAAUUGUUGACGCAAAUGGCGAGCCUUUGGUUCUGACAGCAGCGCAUCGACGUGUCAUCUGCUUUAGGCAAGUAGGAGGCAUGCACACUGAAGUACAAGGCAGAAACGCUAUCAUGGAGUACUUGAAGGAGACCUGUGCACCACACGUUCAAUGA